AUGCCUCCUCCACCACAUAUCAAGCCUGAGAAUGUGCUCAAGCGAGCGCAAGAGCUCAUUGCAGUCGGUCAGACUCAGGCUGCUCUGACUGUUCUCCACGAACAUGUCACCUCCAAGCGAACCCGAAACAGCCCCAUCGCGUCGCUUGAGCCUGUGAUGCUCUUGUUUGUCGAGCUAUGCGUCGACUUGCGAAAAGGCAAAUCAGCAAAGGAUGGCUUGUAUCAAUACAAGAACAUUGCUCAAAACUCAAACGUUGGGACAAUCGAGAUGGUGCUGAAGAAGUUCAUCGACCUUGCAGAGCAGAAAGUCACCGAAGCACAAGCGAAGGCGGAUGAAGUUCAGUCGUCCCUUGAAACCUCGACAACCACAGCCAAUGUCGAGGACCUGGACGCCAUAGAAACCCCAGAGACGAUUCUUCUUGCUACAGUCUCUGGUGAACAGUCAAAAGAUCGAACAGACAGAGCUAUCGUAACGCCAUGGCUUAAGUUUUUGUGGGAGACAUACCGGACGGUCCUGGAGAUUCUCAAGAACAAUGCCCGUCUGGAGAUUAUGUACCAGAGCACAGCCCUUCAGGCUUUCCAAUUCUGUCUGAAAUAUGCUCGAAAGACAGAAUUCCGACGGCUUUGCGAGCUAUUACGGAACCAUGUCACCAACGCGGCGAAGUACUCCCAGCAGAUGCAUGCUAUCAAUCUCAACGACCCAGACACCCUACAAAGGCAUCUUGACACGAGAUUCCAACAGCUCAAUGUUGCUGUCGAGUUGGAGCUCUGGCAAGAAGCAUUCCGGAGUGUGGAUGAUAUCCAUUUAUUGCUUAACGCAAGCAAGCGGCCAGCGAAGAACGUUACCAUGGCUAAUUACUACGAGAAGUUAACCAGGAUUUUCCUUGUCAGUGACAAUUUCCUCUUCCACGCUGCAGCAUGGAGCCGAUACUACAACCUCCUCAGACAGUCUGCUGCUGCUGUUGCAGCUGGACAGAGCUCCAAGAAGGACAAUCCAGCUACAAGCGAGAGCGAGAUGACCAAAGCUGCAUCCUUUGUUCUUUUGUCGGCCCUGUCUAUCCCAGUCAUCAGCACAUCCCGAUCGAGAGGUGCGCUUAUGGACGUAGAUGAGGCUCGGAAGAACAAGAACACCAAAUUGACCAAUCUUCUCUCGAUGCCUUCACCACCUACUAGAGCUGUCUUACUAAAGGACGCUCUGAGCAAAGGGCUUCUUUCGCGCGCUAGACCAGAAAUUCGAGAUCUGUACAACAUCUUGGAAGUGGACUUCCAUCCGCUCUCCAUCUGCAAGAAGAUCUCGCCCAUCUUGUCCCAGAUUGGUUCAGACCCAGACAUGGAGAAAUACGUUCUCCCGCUUCAGCAGGUCAUCUUGACUCGUCUUUUUCAACAGCUCUCUCAAGUGUACGAGUCUGUUGAGUUGGGCUUUGUGUACAAUCUAGCACAGUUCCCUGAACCAUUCCAGGUCUCUCCUGCCAUGAUCGAGAAAUUCAUCAUGAACGGCUGCAAGAAGGGCGAUUUAGCCAUUCGACUGGAUCACGUUUCUGGCAUCCUCACCUUCGACGCUGAUGUCUUUUCUUCUGCUAAAGCGCUUCAUGCUGGUAGUGCGGCCGGUUCGGCUGAGGGCGAAGUUGGCUCGGUCCAGCGUCUUCAAAACACCCCAGCCGAGAUUGCAAGGUCGCAGCUUACUCGCUUGGCAAAGACAUUGCACAUUACUUGCAUGUAUGUGGAUCCCGAAUACAAUGCUUCCAGACUUGCUGCACAACAGGCUGUCCUGGCACGCGCCGCAGCUGGAGCUGAGAAGGAGCACGAAGAAACAUUGUCUCGUCGCGCCAUUAUCGAGAAGAAGAAGGAACUAGCUUCAGACGCGUUGAUCAAGCGACAGCGAGAGGAAGAGACUCGGAAGCGAAGGCGUGUACAACAAGCAGCCGAGGCAGAGAGACAAAGACUCAUCGAUGAGCACCGCGAGCGCGAACGCAAACGACUCAAGGACCAGCAGGAUCAGAUCAAGCGAAAGGAAAUUGAGAAACAGUUAGAUGAACUGAAAGCGAGUGGCAAAGGCUUUAGUCUGGACGAUAUGAACAUCGACGAGCUUGACAGCAGCACAAUCAGAGCGAUGAAGCUUGCUCAGCUUGAAAAGGACAACAGAGAGAGAGAUGAGCGAGUACGUAUCACAGCCAAACGAGUUGACCAUCUCGAGCGAGCUUUCCGUCGCGAGGAAAUCAAACAUCUCCCUGAGGACUAUGAACGUCAACGGCAGCAUGAUCUUGAGGUGUACGAGCGGACCAAAGCAGAAACUUUAAAGGAAGCACAGAUCAAGCACAAAGAAGGCUUGGCUUUGAAGCACCGACUCGAAAGGCUUGUUGGUCCCUAUGAUCGUUUCAAGAGCGAGCUCAACGAAAGACGCCAUGAGGAGUUUGAACGUCGUCGUAAAGUGGCUGAACGAGAAUUCGAGAAUAAGAAACGGCAGCGCAUCCAGGAGGUCCGCGAAAAGAAGCAUCGUGAGCGAAUGGAACGGCAAGAAACCGAGCGUCGUAAACGCGAGGAAGAGGAGCGAGUAGCAAGAGAAGCGGAGGAAAAGGCAGCUAAGGAAGAGGAGCGAAAACGUGUUAUGGCCGAGCAAAAAGCUGCCAAGGAAGCAGAGCGUGCGAAAAAUGAUGAAAUCGCACGAAAACAACAGCAAAGAGAGGCUGAAGCUGAAGCUCGACGACUUGCUCGCAAGGCUGAAGCUGCCGCUGCACCAGCCCCGCCACCAUUUACGCGUGGUUCCAUACCGACUCGUGGUGCAGCAGCAAUGUCAGAACGCACAGAUUCGAACGAGCGUCCCGCUCGUUUACAGCUGGCUGGCCAAGGAGGGGGGACAUGGCGCGAAAGGUUGGCGGCAAAAGAAGCUGGACAUGGCACUUCACCAAGCCCAGCUGCAGAAGAAGCUCCACCAAGGCGACCUGGCGGCUACGUCCCUCCGGCGCUCCGAGACGGCGGAAGAAGCUCAUCAAGAGGUGCUCAGGAUGGCCAUGAUGUUCACCCUCCACCUCGUGACACAACUCCCAAGCCGGCAACACCGCCUACCAAUAACGUUGGUAACAAUACUGCCAGCAGCAGUGAUGGCCCCAAAGGUGGCAGGUGGGUACCACCACAUCUCCGGAAGAAGGAUUAG